UUCACUCACACCUGGGGUAUCGGUGUAUCGGUUUAGCAUAGCAUUUCUAAUUCAAUUAAAAUCAACAAAAAAUCAACGCCAUGGCUACUUUGGAGGACAAACUGUUGGGAGAGAAGCUGGAGUACUAUUGCAGUAGCAGCGAGGGCGAAGACAAUGACGAUGGUGGAGAUGAGAAAGGCGCUGGCAGUAAAGGAGCCGCCGGAGGACUGACUAUUAACACGGAUCCGAAUGCAGCGCCUGCGGGAGGCUUUCGUCAGCAGGAAUCCACCAAUACAGGACCCAAGGGCGUUGUCAAGGACUGGCAGCGGUUCAAGCAACUGGAAGCUGAACGGCGCGAUGAAACAGAACGUCAACGCCUGGCCCUGGCCAAAAAACUGAGCAUGACUACGACCACGACCGCUGAAGAUGAGGAGCGCAAGCGUCAGGAGGAAUUGGACGACGAGCUGUCGGAGCUGAUGAGCGAAGACUUCUUGCAACAGUACCAGAAGCAGCGAAUGGCCGAAAUGCUUCGUCAAACGGGACACAAUCAACAGUUUGGAAAGGUGCACCAGCUGAGCAGCCACGGGGAGUUUCUGGCCUGCGUGGAGCAGGAGAGCAAGCAUACGACAAUCAUCAUACACAUCUAUGAGCAGAGCCUGUCGGCCUGCAGUACGCUUAACAAGUGCCUUGAAACCUUGGCCAGCGAUUAUCCGUCCAUUAAGUUUGCUAAAAUAUGUAGCUCUGUGGCCGGCAUGAGCAGGGACUUCCGCACAAAAGGACUCCCGGCCCUGCUGGUCUAUAAAGCCCAGGCGGUAGUUGGCAACUUUGUGCGCCUAACCGAUGACCUGAGCGACGACUUUUUUGCGUCCGACGUCGAAAGCUUUCUCAUUGAACACGGAAUCUUAGUUGAUAGGGCUCUAUACACCUAACAGAUCUUAGCACUUCAAAGCAACCAAAUAUGUGUUCUUAAGGACAGCAUUUACGCAUUAGAGAACUUAAGCAAGCCCCUCCCGCAAUUUGUAUGCGCUUUAAAUGUUUAUUUGCCCCAUUCAAAAAUUAAAGGAGAAAAAUAUAU